GGUCCAAAAAUAAAAAAAUAAAUAAUAGAAAUGGAAAAGGGUCAGAUAGUUUAAGGUCAUAUAACUUAAAUGCCCUGCCUUUUAACUGUCCGUACAAUCGCCUCCGCUGUCUUUCUGCACUCUAUUCUGCUCCGGCUGGUUGGCUGGUUGUUUUCCACCAUGCGCCUGGACUGGUCGAAUAGUUUCUGCAUUCUGUCUUCUUGGUUUUCUCAUUGGGCCCCUUCUCCUGUGCUUGGACAUCAGAUUAUCAAGUUUUCUUGCGUUUUCUUCUUCUGGUUCAUUCAGUUCAAGUUGCUGCAAUUAAAUGAUGUUUCACUCAUUGCUUAUUGACUGUCCUUGGUUAUUGCUAAAUAUUUCAAAUUGAGUUUAAAGGAGUGCAUUUUGUAGUGAGACGAAAGUUUUUAAGCCGAAAUGACAAGGUGAAUGUCUAAACAAUUAGCUUUAGGAAAGAAGGAAAACAGUACUAGAUUCUAGAUUCUAUGGGGAUAGAUCUCGAACAGCCUUCAGGGGAUUAUCAUGAUGAAGAUUACAGAAAAAACGUUGACACAAUGGAUGGCAGCCAUGAAGGGGUUUGUAGAGGUCCAACUCAUGUGAAUUCACAUAAUUUAGCUAUAAAUAAUAAGGAGGAUACAGGACCUAUUGUUGAUGAAAGAACUUCAAAUAAUGGAAACAAACAAACCGGAGAUGAAAUAAACUUUAAUUCUUUGAAGGGCUUAGAGCCUCAUGAUGGUAUGGAGUUUGAAUCUAAGGAAGAAGCUUUUUCAUUCUAUAAAGAAUAUGCCAAGUCUGUAGGUUUUGCUGCAGUAAUAAAGGCAAGCCGUCGAUCUAGAGUAACUGGAAAAUUUAUUGAUGCCAAAUUUGCAUGUACUAGAUAUGGGAACAAGAAAGAAUCUAAAUUAGAUGAAACUCUAGAAGGCAUUACAAACACGGAUGGCACAACAAUGUUCCCCACCAAGAGAAAGCGUGGUCGCAUUAACCGUUCAUGGGAGAAAGUAGAUUGCAAAGCCUGCAUGCAUGCUAAAAGAGGGCAGGAUGGUAAAUGGAUUAUUUGUAGUUUCAUUAAGGAGCACAAUCAUGAAAUUUUUCCUGAUCAAGCUUAUUACUUCCGGGGACAUAGGAAUUUGGAUUUGGAUAGUAGUGAUGCUGAUGCCUUGAAUGCUAUUCGUGCAAGAACCAAGAGGAUGUGCGUUGCAAUGUCCAGAGGGUCUGGUGGCUAUAAAAGAACUGUGUGUCAAAAGGGUGAAUCUAAUCAACCACAAGGUGGACAAAGCUUGGCUCUAGAUGAAGGAGAUGCUCAAAUAAUGCUUGGCCAUUUUAUAAAUAUGCAAGAUGAGAAUCCUAACUUCUUUUACGCUAUUGAUCUGAAUGAAGAGCAAAGAAUAAGAAAUGUAUUUUGGGUUGAUGCCAAAGGUAGGCUUGAUUAUUCAAAUUUUAGUGAUGUAAUACUGUUCGAUAUCACAUACAUCAAGAAUGAGUACAAACUACCGUUUGCGCCCUUCAUUGGCGUGAACCACCAUUCUCAGUUCCUUCUUCUGGGAUCCACAUUACUUGCUGAUGAGACCAAAUCAACUUAUGUUUGGCUCAUGCGGACAUGGCGUAGAGCAAUGGGUGGACAUGCUCCUAAAGUAAUACUUACUGAUCAAGACAAAAUCUUGAAAGAAGCAAUUGCAGAGGUCUUUCCUGAUACUCGUCACUGUUUUUGUUUAUGGCAUAUACUGAAUAAGAUUCCUGAGAAGCUCAGCCAAGUGAUCAAGCAACAUGAAAAGUUUAUGACUAAAUUUAAAAAAUGUAUUUUCAAGUCUUGGACAGGUGAACAAUUUGAGAAAAGAUGGUGGAAGAUUGUUGAGAGAUAUAAUUUGUCAGGUGACCUAUGGUUCCAGUCCAUAUACGAAGAUCGUGAACGAUGGGUACCGACAUAUAUGAAAGAUAUUGUCCUGGCAGGGUUGUCUGCAACUCAGCGAUCAGAAAGUGUAAACUGUUUCUUGGACAAGUAUAUGCAGAGGAAAACUACAUUAAAAGAGUUUUUGGAACAGUACAGAGUAAUUCUUGUGGAGAAAUCCGAAGAGGAAGUAAAAGCAGAUUUUGAAAGCUGGCACAAACAGCCAGCAUUGAAAUCCCCAUCGCCUUUUGGGAAACAAAUGGCAGGGAUUUACACUCACGCAAUUUUUAAGAAAUUCCAAGUUGAAGUUUUGGGUGUAGUUGCUUGUCAUCCAAAAAAGGAAAUUGAAGAUAGAGCAACUAAAACUUUCAGAGUUCAAGAUUUUGAAGAGAAUCAAAAUUUUGUUGUGCAGUGGAAUGAAACAACGUCAGAUAUCUCUUGUUUAUGUCGUUCUUUUGAAUUUAAUGGUUUCCUUUGUAGACACGUGAUGAUUGUGUUACAGUUGUCUGGUGUACAUAGCAUCCCAUCUCAAUGCAUAUUGAAACGUUGGACAAAGGAUGCAAAGAGUAGACAAUCACUUAAAGAAGGGUCAGACUUGGUUGAGUCUAGUGUUCAACGCUAUAAUAAUAUAUGCCAUCGAGCCUUUAAAUUAAGUGAUGAAGGGUCUUUAUCUCAAGAGAGUUACAACAUUGCAUUUACUGCAUUAGAAGAAGCUCUAAGGAAGUGUGAAAGUGUUAACAACUCGAUUCAAACUGUAUUAGAACCAAGCUUACCUUCAUGUCAUGGGCAUCCAGGCUUUAAAGAAAUGAGCCACAGUAACAGGACCAACAAUGAAAAUCAAAAGAUUGACACAUUUAAAAAAGGACAGAUGCAUUCAGAGCCAGAGCUCAUAUCUAUUGGGAUUCAUGAAGGCUGGCAACAUAUGGGACAUUCAAAUUUACGAGCACCAGCCAUUAAUUGUUCUUUUGAAUCACAAGAGAGCACGCAGGGGAUGGAACGGCUACAUGAGAGAGCUCCUACUCUUGAUGGAUACUUUGGAACACAAGAAGUUGUUGAAGGAAUGAACCAAUUAAACCCAAUAGCUCCGAGACGUGAUGAUUACUUUAGCAAUCAACAGAAUGUACAAGGGCUGGGACAGUUGAACUCAAUUGCACCUAUCCAUGACACUCAGUAUAUAACCCAACAAAGAAUGCAUAGCAUGGGGUUGCAUUUCAGAUCACAAACUGUUCAGAGAUGUUUUGAUGUCCAGGAUAGUAUACAAGACAUGGACCAAUCUAAUUUUGGAUCAACACAGCUGCAAGACCUGGAGCCAAAACAUUUGCAUUCAAAACAUCUGUCUCGUUGAUUUCUCUAAUCACUUGUCUACCUAACAUACUAACAGCUUCCAUAUGAGAUCCAGCUCUUUCAAUUUAUUGAUAUGGUAACUUCAGGAUGUGCCAAAGCAAACUCUGUUUCUUCUCCAUAUUCUUGGAGGUUUCAAUACCUGCCCAGGUCGAGUCAGUUAGGUCAUGAUGAACAAAAUUGUUCAUGUAUAAAUUUUCUCCACAUAUAGUUUUGAUUUGAUUGUUAAAGUCUUGCAGGUUUUAUUUUUUAUUUUUUUUCAGGUGUUUAACAUCGAUGUUGCACUAAACGGGGUAAGUUUCUUGUAAUUACAAUCCUACCCCUUCCGUUAAUUGUAGUUUUUUUUAAACCGUUUAUUGUAGUUGUAUUUUAUUUGUAUGAAAUAUAAUAGCCGCCUUUUAAACAGUGGUUUAUUUUAAAACACAAACCCAACAAAAAUUGAGGGAUAAAUUUUUUUAAUUUCAUAAGUAAAAAUAAAAAAUUUGUAUGUAUUCUAAAUUCUCUAACA